AGCCCCUGCCACCGUCGGCGGCGGCGCCCACUCCAUCCGCCUCCGCCUCCGCCUCCGCCUCCGCCGCGCUCGUGCCGCACGGCCGACUUUUCGUGCUCGCUCAUCCCAGCCGAACCCUCUCAUCCCCCGUCCUGAGGAAUUUUAGCUCAGUUGUAUUAUUGGGUAGCGUGACAGUUGACUGACUGUAUGCUAUAGGACUCACAAUGGAAGGGUCGGAAUCUAGUAGAGAUCACAGCAAGCAGGAGGUUGACGGAAAUGUUGAUGCAAGGAGCAGUUGGAAGGAGGAGCAGGAGAAUGCAGACAGCAGAGACUAUGCUGGCAGAUCCAGAAAGCAUGCAUAUGAAUACGAAGUUGGGCAUCGGAAUGAUGAUGGAAUGAUUAUACCUUCUAGUGAGAGGAAUGAACCGAGAAGGAACUCAGCUAGAACCUCAGGCCUCAUCGGCAGUGCUGACGACGAUGUCUAUCAUGUGGGAAGGGACCCACGAUCACCCAAAGUUCCAAGGAGAAGCCCUGAUGACUCCAAGGAUAGGGACUAUGAUAGAAGGAGGGGAAGGGAGGAUAAGAAUGAUUGGGACUCUUCAAGAAGAUAUAGCCCAGAUGCUUCUGCUUAUCCUGUAUCCCAUAGUACAAGUAGAAGCAAAGCGGAGGGUCCACAUGAUGGUGAGUCUGAGAGACUUGAGAUGGGUGCAAGGAGUUCGGAAAGGAGAGAGAAUAGCAGGGAGAAGCAAGGACAGCGGGACCAAGAGGAAAAGACUUCACUCAGGAGGGCGGAUGAGAUUUAUGCCGAUGAAAGUGGUGGUUCUCUUAGAGUUGACACAAGAGAAGCCCAUAGAGAUGAUAAAUCAGACAGAGGGAGGGACAGAAACUGGAAUGAGAGAACCCGAGAGCUUGAAGGGUCUAAGGACUAUGGAAGGAACAAUCAAUUGCGAGAUACUAAGGAGGCAAAUGAUGCUGAAUGGAGGAAUGCACAGGAAAGGCUAGAUGGUGGGGGUUUCCAUGGCCGGGCUGGGUACCGCAGAGACUCUAGGGGUAGAUCUGAAAGUGUUAGAGGUCCGUCAACCUAUGGAAAUAGGUAUGACAGUUCUGAUUCAAUAGAGAUCCGGCCUAAUAGUAAUCUUAAUUUUGGAAGAGAGAGCUCUGUUUCUGGAAGAAGAUUUGAAGUGGGAGCACAUUGGGAAGUUCCUGGAGGAAAUGACAAUAAAGGUGUCGAUCAUCCUGAAGCAGAUCAAAGUGGUAGCACGAGCAUGAAUUCUCCAUAUCCUCAACAAGGGCCAAAAGGCGAUAGGCCCUCUAGAGGAGGAAGGGGGAGACCAAAUGGAAGGGAUUCUCAAAGAAUUGGAGUUCCAAUGCCAAUUAUGCCUCCUCCAUUUGGUCCUCUUGGUCUGCCACCGGGACCAAUGCAGCAUAUGGGACCAAAUAUUCCCCAUUCUCCAGGUCCUCCUCUUCUGCCUGGGGUUUUCAUGCCACCAUUUCCAGGACCCCUUGUGUGGCCUGGGGCACGAGGUGUUGACAUGAAUAUGCUUUCUGUUCCACCCAACCUUCCCAUCCCUCCUCCAGUUGCUGCUGAUCAUAGGUUCACUCCAAGUUUGGGAGCCGGAUCUGGCCAUAAUAUUCACUUAAAUCAAAUAGACGCCGGGAUAGAUGCUCCAUCAGAUGUACCAGGAUUGGGUUUCAACCAUAUGGGCACACAGAGUCGUGACAUGCUCCAUGAUAAACCGUCUGCAGGUUGGACACCACAUAGGAACAGUGGACCGAACAGAAAAGCUCCUUCAAGGGGUGAACAAAAUGAUUACUCACAGAACUUUGUGGACACUGGCAUGCGGCCUCAAAAUUUCAUUAGAGAACUGGAUCUUACAAGUGUAGCAGAGGACUAUCCAAAGUUGAGAGAACUCAUACAGAGGAAAGAUGAAAUUGUUGCUAAUUCAGCUUCACCACCGAUGUAUUAUAAGUGUGACCUGCGGGAACAUGUUCUUUCUCCAGAAUUUUUUGGUACGAAGUUCGAUGUUAUUCUUGUGGAUCCUCCAUGGGAGGAGUAUGCUCAUCGUGCACCAGGAAUCACAGAUCACAUAGAAUAUUGGAAUUCCGAGGAGAUUAUGAAUUUGAAGAUUGAGGCUAUAGCAGAUACACCCUCUUUUGUCUUCCUUUGGGUUGGCGAUGGUGUAGGCCUUGAACAGGGUCGUCAAUGUUUAAAGAAGUGGGGAUUUCGUAGGUGUGAAGAUGUUUGCUGGGUAAAAACCAACAAGAAAAAUGCAACACCAAGUCUGAGACAUGACUCUCAUACACUGUUGCAGCAUUCAAAGGAGCAUUGCUUGAUGGGCAUAAAAGGAACGGUACGCCGUAGCACUGAUGGUCAUGUCAUACAUGCAAAUAUUGACACAGAUAUAAUAAUUGCUGAAGAACCAACUGAUGGUUCAACAAAAAAGCCUGAGGACAUGUACAGGAUCAUUGAGCAUUUUGCUCUUGGAAGGAGGCGGCUUGAACUCUUUGGUGAGGAUCACAAUAUUCGUCCAGGUUGGCUUACUCUUGGGAAAGGUUUAUCUUGCUCCAACUUCAACAAAGAGGCAUAUAUUAAGAACUUUGCGGACAAGGAUGGGAAAGUAUGGCAGGGAGGGGGCGGGCGAAACCCUCCUCCAGAGGCUCCUCACCUUGUUGUGACAACUCCGGAGAUUGAAAGCCUCAGGCCGAAGUCACCCCCGGCAAAGAACUAAUAGCUGUAGUCAGUGCUGCAAUGCUGGCUACGUUUUUCGGUACUGUAGCUUAUGCAUUUCGAGUCUAUGCGAAUUAGUUUUUUACUGUAGUUCUCCGGUGCUCAAAGUGGAUGGUUGCCGAUGUUUCUUUUUCUUUCUCCUCCAAUAGAUCUAUGAAGGGUUGAAGGCCAUGGUCUUCCUUGAUGCUGGAAGUGAAAGGUUGCAGCCAGUAUUGUCCGUGCUGCCACAAAAACACUUGAGAAAAUCGCGAUUGAUGCUAAAUUUGAUAUUGACAUUGUACGGCACUGUUAUGUCAUAUCGUGCAACAGAGGGUUUAUUUAUAUAUCAAUUAUGUAAAUCGUGUCUGGAA